ACCUAACCAAUUCCAGUAACAACUCUUUGUGUAGUCUUUUGCCCUCUAGUACAAUUUCUACACUUUAAAUGCACAUUGUAUGGCUCCUUAUGUCUCACAGCAAAGUGCAAAGUCUAAAGUAAGCAUAAAGAAAGGCUUAAUUUGGCAAAAAUAAGUAGUUAUUAUGGCAGUACCAAGAUCAUGUCUUAUUGCUCUAGUCUUUGCUUUUGCAUUGUUUUCCAGUACUGCAGUCAACGCACUAAGCUCCAAUUACUAUGAGAAUACAUGCCCCAAGGCCGAGUCAACCAUCACAAAAGUUGUCAAGAAAGCUAUGUUGAAUGAUAAAACUGUUCCAGCUGCGCUUUUGAGGAUGCACUUCCAUGAUUGUUUCGUUAGAGGUUGUGAUGGCUCUGUGCUACUGAACUCAACAAGAAACAACAAAGCCGAAAAAGAUGGACCCCCUAACAUCUCAUUGCACGCAUUUUAUGUCAUCGACGCUGUUAAGAAACAAAUCGAGGAAUUGUGCCCUGGAGUCGUCUCUUGUGCUGAUAUUUUGGCUCUCGCUGCUCGGGAUGUUGUUGUUCUUUCUGGAGGUCCUACUUGGGAUGUGCCAAAAGGUAGAAAAGAUGGAAGAAUCUCCAAGGCCACUGAAACGCGGCAACUACCUUCUCCCACCUUCAAUAUUUCUCAAUUGCAACAGAACUUUGCCCAAAAAGGCCUUUCUUUGGAUGAUUUGGUUGCACUUUCAGGAGGACACACUCUUGGAUUCUCUCAUUGUUCUUCCUUCCAAAAUAGAAUCCACAAGUUCGACAAUGGUCACGACAUUGAUCCAACACUACAAACAUCAUUUGCAGCCAGUCUGCAGAAUGUUUGCCCCAUGCACAACAAGGUUAGAAAUGCAGGUGCCACCAUGGAUUCUACUACAACUUUAUUCGACAACGCCUACUAUAAGCUUCUACUGAAUGGCAAGAGCCUUUUCUCUUCUGAUGAAUCUUUGCUCGCUACUACAAGGACCAAAACACUAGUUUCAAAGUAUGCUGGCUCUCAGGAUGAGUUCUUUAAAGCAUUUGCCAAUUCUAUGAUCAAGAUGAGUAGCAUAAGUGGUAAUGGACAAGAAGUUAGACUCGACUGCAGAUUUACUAGAUGAUAACCCUGACUAAACUUCAAGUUGUUAAGACAUUUAUUUCACAGGCUUAGGCCUUUCAUUUAUUGUAAUUGGGGUGCUUUAAUUUGUUUCAUUUCCUUUUAUCACUUUCUGUGGUUAAUCAUUUUUUAAGAAGUUGAGGGAGCAAACCCAAAAAAAAAAGCUCAAAGUGUGUUUUAGCUUUCUGAGCAAAGAAGACUUGGUGAUUUAUCUUUUAUCCCCUUGUUGAUUUAAUUGGAAUGUAUUGUUACUUAAAUGAAGAAGGAUUUUGUGGUGA